UCUCCCUCAUUGCAUACACGUUUUCUCUCUCUCCACACACACUUGCAUAAAAAUGGGAUUAAUCACUGGCCUCUUCACAUUUUUCUUCCACCUGCCACAGAUUUAUAAGUGGUUCUUAAAGCCAUAUUAUUUUCUGUCAUUUCUUCUGUCUAUCGCUUUCUUUGCUGUGAGGAAAUGUCCUGGGGUGUGUGAGCACUUACCCUCUCAAAGAGAAGACGGAGACUCCUGCAACUUUGACUGGAGAGAGCUGGAGAUCCUUAUGUUCCUUAGUGCUAUUGUCAUGAUGAAGAACCGCAGAGCGAUAACUCUGGAGCAGCAUUUAGGAAAUAUUUUCCUCUUCAGUAAGGUGGCAAAUGUUGUGUUAUUCUUCAGAGUGGAUCUGAGAUUUGGCCUCCUCUAUGUCACACUGUGUGUUGUGUUCCUGAUCACAUGUAAACCUUCCAUCUACAUGGGUCCAGAAUACAUCACAUACUUCAAUGACAAAACCAUAGAUGAGGAACUGGAGAGGGAUAGUCGUGUAACGUGGCUUGUCGAGUUUUAUGCCAACUGGUCUUCAGAGUGUCAGUGUUUCGCGCCUGUGUUUGCUGACCUCUCGCUGAAGUAUAACUGUGCUGGAUUAAAAUUUGGAAAAAUAGACAUAGGACAAUAUGCAGCUGCUGCUGAAAGGUAUAACGUGAGUCUCUCACCACUUUCCAAGCAACUGCCCUCUCUGCUGCUGCUGCAGGGUGGCCGUGAAUUUGUUCGUCGUCCCCAAGUGGACAAGAAAGGAAGAGCUGUGAGCUGGAGCUUCACAGAGGAAAACAUCAUCCGCGAGUUCAACUUGAAUGAAAUACUUGAAAAAUGUAAAAAGCUCGGCAAGGGGCGCAAUGACAAUCUCCCACAAGAGCAUGCUGAUGGAGAUCAACCACUGAUGGAGGAGUCAGAAAGCAAAAAAGACAAAUAAAAGCAGAGAUUGAUGAAAGUGGUUUGGUACCUUAGUAAAGCAAAGUGUUAGUGUUGUAGAUAUACCAGAGAGCCUGCUUACGUGCUGUGGUAUAAGAGAACUGAAACACUUCAGGAUGUGUUUCAACCUGAACUGAAACACUUCGGGAUGCCAAGACUGCAUCACGACACCCCAUUGAUUUUUUUUUUUACAUCAUCAUGAUGCACCAGCGUGUUUUAUUACCUUUCAAUCUACACCCUGAAAUCAACAAUUGGAAGAAUAAAUCUGUGGUUUACACUCA